AUCCGGUUUGUUUAUGUUUUGAUUCCGCAUCUGCAUCGUUCAACAAGUUGAACAAGACUAUAGUGGUGUUCCCGGUGGUUAGUUAUUUUCCCUAAAAAAGUGCUUCAAACUAUGAUAUUAACUACCGGUAAGUGGCUAGCAGUAGUGAAACUCCUGUCAAGUAGGUUGAGCAAUCAUGGAACCAGUGUCCGGAAGUUAUGCUCCACGGUGAAAGCUCCCAACAACAAGUUGAGUAACGUCCAAGUUCCCGCCUACCUGACCUUGCACGGCCAAUGGCCGCAAGAGGAUCGCCAGCAUUUCAUCGAUGACAUGACGGUGCUGGAGGAUUUCAUCAGCGAGGAGGAAGAGCAAACGCUGCUGCAGGAAAUCGAGCCCUACCUCAAGCGGAUGCGAUACGAGUUUGACCACUGGGACGAUGCCAUCCACGGCUAUCGGGAAACGGAACGGAAGCACUGGUAUCCGGCCAAUCGGGCCGUAUUCGAUCGGGUGAAAGAGGUGGCAUUCAAGGGGAAAACAUUGCCCUACAUCCACGUGCUGGAUCUGGCGAAGGAAGGCGUCAUCAAGCCUCAUGUGGACAGUGUUCGGUAUUGCGGUAGCACCAUAGGCGGAAUUAGCCUUCUUUCGGAUUCGGUUAUGCGACUGGUUCGAACGAACGAUGAGGAGCAGACAAAUGCGGAGUAUAGACAGAUUUUCGCUGCUAAUCGAGAUGAUAAAUAUUGGUCGGACAUUUUCCUGGCCAGACGAUCAUUGUACAUCAUGAAGGAUACUGCGAGGUACAAAUACACCCACGAAAUUCUUGCCGGAGAGGAUUCCGUCUUCAGCGAGCGCAAGGUGGACAAAGGCCGUCGUAUUUCCAUCAUUUGUCGGAAUGAUCCCUGAUCAGCGUCGGACGUCUUUCGAAACAGGCAGUUGUAAAUAAA